AUGAACGCAGUCCUGCAUUAUCAAAUAACCGCGUCAUUCCCACUCUCCGUCGUCAGCAGCCAGAGUCGUAUCAAAGGGGCAUCCCAUCAAUCCACCUCACCAGCACCGGCAGUCCCCUCUCUACCGACGAACGAUCGACCAUCGUCCAUCGUCCAUCGUCCAACCACCAAAUAUGUCCCUAACUCCCUGCCGCCGAUCCUCAUCUCAAGCGAUCGAUUUGCUGCAGCACAGACACCCGCCGAACGCCAGUUCCAGCAAAUCAGAGGCACCGUCACCCCCACACCAAAACCAGACCAGACAAGACGCUAA